AGUUGUGUUUGGUUUUCAUUUUGGAAAUGGACUAACAAUAAAAUAAUUUGUCGACUCAUCUCGACUCGCGUUAAUUUUCGGUACUGUGCCCAUAAACUUUUAUUACUCAUUCCAGGAAAUCCGUAAAAUUUUCCGUCGACCAGCGCAGCUCGUCAUUUUCCAUGCAUCGGCUGCUCUUCCACCGGCAAAGGCUUCGCACGUUGGCCACGCUGUUCACCGAUAUCUCGAGUCCCAAGAGUUAGAAUUGCGUUAUUUGACCCACACACCGAUAUCCAUAAGCCUUUUGCGUAUAAACCAGUUUUCUCGCGUCAAAAGAAUCCUGGUAUGAAAGUCACCCAGUAGUCAUUUGUAAAGCGGCGUGCGACUUUCUGAAUACACGCAUAAGUCGAUUAUAAAGGUAGUUCUCCGAUUGACCUGGUCAAUACAUAAAAAAAAAAACUGGAUAACCGAACGAAUAAAUAUUCUGAUACUGUAAUUAUAAAUAGCUAUGAGAACAUGUAAACCGUACGCGAAAUUCGAUCAAUGGACGUAAAGACUGCAUAGUUUGGAAAAGAUUGCGGAAAUGAAUAGACGAAGGAGGUAACGGAUCCUAAAAUUUUGCCAACAUUCGGUCGAUAUAUCGACAAAGAAUUUAUCGGGAGCGAAUCCUGUCGUAUAAAAAGAUUCACCUCGAUGGGCGAAUUAGAUAAUCGCGCAUAAUUGUAGCCAUAGGACGUCGUAAACCUUCCUGAAAUUUCAAAAUGGCAGGGACGCCCUACGAAGUUUCGGUUGGCUCGAAGAGAAGAAAAAAAAAACCUCAAAGUUACAGGUAAGACUCCUAUGGUAACUAUGAAGCGAAACGACUCCAGAGAUACCGGAAAAGCUGAUACUGGAGGACACGCUAUCAGCUUCGGCGCAGAGGUCUCAGGUCUUCCGGAAGGGGUGCGUGUCUCGGUGACGUUCGACGUCGCGACGCUUUCGCUAGUUCGCGGGUCGUCAGCAGCUUAGCAGGAUACCUCCAACCUUCGGAGGUGUCGCUACAGAUCCGGCUAUUUUAUUCAAUUUCCAAAAACACUGGAGUGAGUUACAGAAAAAAAAAUAGUUCACGGAUUAUUUUUCAAUCGACCAGCAGUGAGUUCAAAAAUCAAGUGAAAAAAUCGGGCAACGUGUUUGGAAAUUAUUUGUUGACUAUGAUUUUUGUGUAGAUUCUUUUUUUUUUGUCCCAAGAUAUAAUAGUAAAACCUCCGAUCAUCCUCUCACUCGACCGGUGCUCCGUUCACAGAUAAAAAAAAAACAACAGAAAAAAAAACAGAAAAAAUAGACGAAUUCGCGGCGGUUGCAGUACGCGGCGAUGACGCCGUUGCGGACCGAAUUAUUGACGAAAAGUAAAGGAGGAAACAGGGCCGACAACAAAUCAAUAUCUCGCUCGCCCCUGUGGACCUGCAGGAGACCUUUCGAAGAGCGUCGUAGGGGAUAAAAUAUCCAACGGAGCAGCGACACCCGACCAAAGGAUAUCUUUUAUACGAUAAUAGGACGAAGACGGAGAGCUUAUUGAAGAAGACUGACAAUAUGAUAGCUUGCUGCGUCUUGGCCGGUGUCCUUGGCGUCCUAGUCCUAUUUUACGUCUGCCUUGAAGUACACUAUUUUCUGCGCAUGUGUCUCACUGUUCUUUUGGCAAGAUUCUGCAAGAAGCAAGUUCACAUACUCGACGAAACUUCUGUAUACGGAGUCUGCCUUACCACCGACGUCGACACGCUUCUCUACCACAUGAACAACGCGAGGUACCUCAGGGAACUCGAUUUCGCCAGGGUAGAUUUUUACGAAAGGACCAGCCUCUACAGAGAAAUUCGUUCGCAAGGUUCAGGUGUGGUCCAGGGCGCGGCCACCAUCCGAUACAGGAGAUUUUUAAGGCCGUUUUCGGUGUACAAAAUCACCUCGAAGAUUAUUUAUUGGGACGAAAAGACGAUUUUCAUGGAGCAUCGUUUCGUUACUCCUGCCGAUGGAUUUGUGAGAGCGAUCGCAAUUUGUCGACAACGAGUGCUGGACUGCAGUGCCGAAGCUGUGAUGGGGGUCCUAUUGGACCGGGGAGGCAAAUCAAAUGGGGGUUUGGAGGCUGGAAUCCCACCGACAAGUACGCCGCACGCGCGACCAGAAAUACCUCAAGAGGUAGCAUUAUGGUUGAGGAGCAACGAGAUUUCUUCGGCAUGCUUACGGCAAAAUCCAGAAGCAUCUGGGUGCUGACAAGGGGAAGCCGGUGUAUCCAUUGUUAAUGGCGUUACACCGGCUGAUCUUCGCGAAACGACGAUGGUUUAAGAGAAAAACAAAAAAUAAAUAAAUAAAUUCGAAUUCACGAUUGUCGUAGAGUUCUAAACAGACGCCAUAAUUCUCGCCAUGAAUAAUUUACCCUAUAAAAUAGGAGUAGAAAAUUAUUUAGAUAUACGGCGAUCAAAGGCGAUGGGAAAUGAACUUUUAUCCUCAGACAGAUAAUUAUGAUUAUUAUUAUGAUUUUCAAUGCAUCGUAUAUUUUGUCCGUCAAGUAUAUUCAUCGCGGGAUAUUUGUUGUGAUACUAGAUGUGAAGGAUUUAAUGACGCCUCGAAUUUCGGAUCGAUGGAUUAAAAAAUUGCGAAACUUCUGUCCAUGGAAAAAAAAAGAAGAAAAAUAUAGUUCCUUAUUUGAUUAUAAAACUUUAAUAUUCGAUACCCGCUCUUUGUUACCGCUCCAAAAAAUGGCCGAUGCGAAAACUUUGCAUUGGUGAAACGAAAGAGAAAAAAAUCGUCGAUGACGACGUUCGAGUGGCAAAUUUGGGCCUUUCCGGGCCCAGCCGUGUGUUCUUCGAAUUUUACCUAUUAAAUUCACCAUGAUACAUUGAAAUUUUCGCUACGUUUAAAAAGGUUAUAUCGUUACACGUAACAAUAUAGACUUUGAUACUUUUUGACGCUAUCGACGUUGUUUCUCAGAUUUAUUCCGAAUGAUAAUAAUUUCCGAAUGAAUAUUUUCAUAUCAAUUUUUUAUCAAUGAAUGUAUAAUUGUUCAAAGGACAUUUUUUUAAUCCGAUUAAGCACGUGGAUGAUUACAGUAAAUACAACAGCUUGUAGGAUCUUCCCCAAGAUACUUUAGAGUCCGGCAUUGUUUUCAGUCUUCCAAAAGUGCGAGUUUUUCAAAUCUUUUGAUCGAUGAUUGUUCGACAUACUGAAAAUUCCUAUUUGGAUGCACCUUGAAAAGACGAAUGCAUAUUCACAAUAAGUCUAUAAUUGAACCUGAAACAAGGACAUAGCGAAGCAAUUAUGUAUUCCGGCAUAGUAUUAUUAUAACGACUAGAUUAAUAUUUCAGUGCGUUGGCGAAGAUAUACAGAAGCGAAAAUUGAAAUACCGAAAGUAUAAGAAAUAUUAUAAAUGAUUAAAAUAUAAUUUCAAACAAAUCAAGAAAGUUAGUGGUUAUGACUGUGAAUGGUGCUAGCCUCAAACAGAUCGCUCUAUAAACUUUUGAACUAUAUUAUAGAAAAUAUUAUCGUAUGUCUUAGAUAGAGAGUAUUAUACACACAUGUAUAUUAUAUUAGGAAAGAUGACAAGUUUCAUGUGGUCACGACUGCAGGAAUCUAAAAUUACGUUAAAGGAUGCAUAAGAACGUAAGUUCGUACGUUGGUUUCUGUUUUUUAUUUCAAAAAUAGAUUUGGGAUACUUUGUGCCUUCCGAAGUUCUUCAGAUCCCUGCAGAAAUCGCUACAUCCUUGUAAUUAGCCAAGAAAGUAGUAAACUGUAUGUAAAAGUAUUGGUUUAUUGUAUAUCAUAAACUCGAGUCUAAAACUAUUAUCACACAGUGUAGGUAGAUUUACUAUCGUCGCGUAAAGUUCAGAGCCUCCAGUUUGGAGGUUUAUAACUCCGAAGAAAAAAAUGACAGAGCUGAAAUUCAAAAUAGAUUCAACAGCUAGAAGUAUUCUGCAUCUGAUGAUUUAUCUUCGAAUUUUGAAGGAAAAAACACUAACAGUUUUUUCAAUAUAUUUUUAAUUUUCCUAAGGGAUUCUGCUGAGAAAUUUUUCAGGAACAUCUCUGAAUUUUUUAAAGUUUCUUGAAUGCUUUUUUCACGAGUGGUAACGCUCCAAAGUUAAUCUACUUCGGUUAACUUCAAGAAAACAAUGUUCUUCGACCUUUCGGUGGCCAUACUGUCGGUGUUUUUUUCGUUUCGAGAUUCGAAAAUGAAUCAUCAGACGCAAAAUACUUCAAGCUAUUGAAUCUUUUGCAAAUUUCCGCUCUAUCAUUUUUUUUCCGUAGUUAUAAACCUCCAAACUGCCGGCUCUAAUUUUUACGAGCGGACAGCAGAUAUUUAUUAUACAUAAAAUUCAACUGCUAGUAGGUAAUUAAACGCUGAAAAGUGCAGAUCGAUAUCGGAUAGGAAUUCUGGACGUAACAUUGGACAGCAAGUUGGGUCAAAAUGCAUUAUCGGAGUAGCUGAAUACCGUUUAUAUUAAUUGUGCUGUAACACCUCAAAUACGCUAGGAUAUAGUAAACUAACCAGGCAGACAACCGAACGACUGACGUUAUAAUCGUAAAUAAUAAAAUAGCGCAUAUAAUAAUUUGGUAUAAUCUCGAACAAAUUUGAUAUUCUGUAUUUGUUUGCGCUCACAUCAGUGGAAUAAAUACGAAAGACAAAAUCGGAAACUGCAGGGAAAAUGUACCAUAGCCAAUAGAUUUUGUAUAAUAAUAAAAUGAGUUGUAUUAGAGCGGUAUUUAUUAUCAUUAUUAUAUCAAAGAUUUUGUUAAUCUCAGUACUACAAUAAUACUAACACUGUACUAUUAUACCUAUAUCAGUAGGUCGUACAAAUGAAUGUCACUUCCGAAUAAGCUAGCCGUUGUGUGAUCGUAAUAAUUAAUAAUAUUAGGGAACUAUAUUUGUUAAUUGGAAGACAUUUCAUAACAUUAUAAUAACUUUGCGCUCCUUUAUGAAAUUUUCAAAAUAGCUGUACUUUAGAUAUUUCCUGGGCAUUACCGUUCACCGUUCGUCUAUUUCAUAUUAUUUUACGGAAAAUUGUUCAAGGUAAAAUUGUUCAUUCCUUGUUUAAUCACGUAUCGAUAUAAGCAUUCUUUUUUGAGACCUUACUGAUCUAUAACGUUCAAAUUCUUCUGCUAAGACUCGUCUGAGUAUUCCUCUGUAAUAAAAAUAAAACAAUUCAACUUCCACAGUCAA